AUUGUUAUUGCUAUUGCUGUUGCUGUUGUUAUCAUUAUUAUAAAUAUUUUUACAAUGCCUAAAGCUUGAGAUGCUUUCUUUGAUAUUGCAAAUUUUCAUUAACACUUUACUACUAUUCCAUUUGUCAAAAAUACUUAAGAAAGUAUUUGUUUUCUUUUUCAGUGAUUCUAGCCUUAUUUGUUUCAUUUGAUUUGACAAAGUGUUAUGGAGAUAAAAGUCAAGAGGAAAUCAUGACAGAGAAGAAACCUAUAAAGCAACUCUUUGAUCAGUGUCAAGAUUUGAUAUGCCCACAGGAAAUAAAAGUUGAGCCAGAACUAUUUGAUUUGAAAGGUAUUACAGAGGAGGUAUCAAAAGCAUUGAAUUUAUCUGACAAACCACACAAAUGUGAUGAAUGUGGUAAGUGCUUUACCCAAUCGGGAACCCUAAAAACACACCUAAGGAUUCACACAGAAGUAAAACCAUACGAAUGCGAAGUAUGUGGCAAGUGCUUUACCCGAAAAACACACCUGAAGACACACUCAGGACAAAAACCAUACAAAUGUGAUGAAUGUGGCAAAUUCUUUACCCGACAUGCACAACUGAAGGCACACCUAGUUAUUCACUCAGGAAAGAAACCAUACAAAUGUGAUGAAUGUGGCAAAUGCUUUAACCAAUCUGGAGCACUGACAACACACCUAAGGACUCACACAGGACAGAAACCAUACGAAUGUGAUGAAUGUGGCAAGUGCUUUUCUGAAUCUGGAAAAUUGAAGAGACACCUAAUGAUUCACACAGGAGAGAAACCACACAAAUGUGAUGAUUGCGGCGAGCGCUAUACCCUAUCUGAAGACCUGAAAACACACCUAAGGAUUCACACAGGAGAGAAACCAUACGAAUGUGAUGAUUGUGGUAAGCGCUUUACCCUAUCUGGAAACAUGAAGAGACACCUAAGGAUUCACUCAGGAAAGAAACCAUAUAAAUGUGAUGAAUGUGGCAACUGCUUUUCUGAAUCUGGAAAAUUGAAGAGACACCUAAUGAUUCAUACAGGAGAGAAACCACACAAAUGUGAUGAUUGUGGCAAGCGCUUUACCCAAUCUGGAGACCUGAAAACACACCUAAGGAUUCACACAGGAGAGAAACCAUACGAAUGUGAUGAUUGUGGUAAGCGCUUUACCCUAUCUGGAAACAUGAAGAAACACGUAAAGAUUCACUCAGGAAAGAAACCAUACAAAUGUGAUGAGUGUGGCAAAAGCUUUACCGAACAUGCAUACCUGAAGACACACCUAAUUAUUCACUCAGGAAAGAAACCAUACAAAUGUGAUGAGUGUGGCAAAUGCUUUACCCAAUUGGGAACCUUGAAGAGACACCUAAUGAUUCACUCAGGACAGAAACCGUACAAAUGUGAUGAAUGUGGCAAGUGCUUUUCCGAAUCUGGAAACUUGAAGAAACACCUAAUGAUUCACUCAGGACAGAAACCAUACAAAUGUGACGUGUGUGGCAAGUGCUUUACCCGAUCUGGAGCCCUGACAACACACCUAAUGAUUCAUUCAGGACAGAAACCAUAUGUAUGCGUUGUAUGUGGCAAAUGCUUUACCCGACAAACAAACCUGAAGACACACCUAAUGAUUCACUCAGGCCAGAAACCACACAAAUGUGAUGAAUGUGGCAAGUGCUUUAUCCAAUAUGGGAACCUGAAAACACACCUAAGGAUUCACUCAGGAUAGAAACCAUACAAAUGUGAUGAAUGUGGCAAAUGCUUUCCCAAACAUGCACACCUGAAGGCACACCUAGUUAUUCACUCAGGAAUGAAACCAUACAAAUGUGAUGAAUGUGGCAAGUGCUUUACCCAAUCGGGAACCUUGAAGAGACACGUUAAGACUCACUUAGGGAAGAAACCAUACAAGUGUAAUGAAUGUGGCAAAUGCUUUACCGAACAUGCUCACCUGAAGGCACACCUAAUUAUUCACUCCGGAAAGAAGCCAUAAAAAUGUGAUGUAUGUGGCAAGUGCUUUUCUGAUGCUGGAAGCUGGAGGAAACACCUAAUGAUUCACUUAGGACAGAAACCAUACAGAUGUGUUGAAUGUGGCAAAUGCUUGAACCAAUCCGGACAGUUGAAAGUACACCAAAGGAGUACUUUACCCUCUCUAGGACCUUGAAGACACACGCAAAACACUUACACAA